CAACACAAACAUGGGUCUCCCUGCCUUUGAGAUACUGCUGGUGCUUCUUCUUGCCUUACCAAACCAUCUCUCUUGCGCACAUUCUACAGCGGACAUGCUCCUACAAUGGAAAUGCAGCAUGUACGACACCACGUCCUUAGGCUGCCUGGAAACAUGGAUCUAUGGCACCAGCCCAUGUAACUGGACUGGCGUUACAUGCAGUGCUAUGGUGCCUCACGAUCACGGCCAUGGUCGAAGUGAUGUUGUCCAGGUUGUAAAGAACAUAUCCCUUGCAGAGUGUUUCCUUCAGGGGACAUUGGAUAUGCUCGACUUUUCAUACUUACCUGAGCUCUCUUUCUUGGAUCUGUCCAGUAAUUACCUUUCGGGAUCUCUCCCAGCAUCCAUAGGUAAUCUUUCUAAACUAAACUAUCUCAAUCUCUCUCAUAGUUCUGUGCUUACAGAAGCUCAGGUAAUCUUUCUUGCUGAGUCGUCACUGAGCGGGCACAUCCCAGAAACACUUGGCAUGCUAGUAUACUUACAGAAGCUCGAUUUAAGGGGCAACAAAUUUUCUGGCCUGAUACCUUCUAGUUUGGGAAAUUUGACCGGAUUGGAUUACAUGGACCUUAGCUCUAACAGUUUAUCUGGUCAUAUUCCUCAUGAGAUUGGGAUGAUGCAAGGCUUGACUUUGUUAGAUUUAUCCAGCAAUAGCAUUGGUGGCUCAAUUCCUGGAAUAAUUUGGAAUCUAACAAGGCUAGUAUUAUUGGAUCUUUCGUCCAAUCGUAUUGUAGAUUCCAUUCCUCCAAGCAUAGGAAAUCUACGAAGAUUAGAGUCCUUCAAUGUUACAAACAACAAGAUCACUGGAUCCAUUCCUUUAAGGAUUUCAAAUCUAACAAUGUUAAAAUCAUUCGAUCUUUCCUUCAAUCAUAUAGUAGGUCCCAUUCCUCCAAGCAUUGGAAAUCUAAGAAGAUUAGUGUCCUUCAGUUUUGCAAACAAUGAGAUCACCGGAUCCAUUCCUGUAAGCAUUUCAAACCUAACAAGGUUAGAAUUGUUUGAUCCUUCCUCCAAUCAAAUAGCUGCUUCCAUUUCACAAUGCAUAAUGAAUUUAACGAGGUUAGAGAUCUUGGAUCUUUCAAACUGUCAAUUGAAUGGUACCAUUCCUAGAAGCAUAGGAAAUUUAAGCAGACUAAAAUUCUUCAAUCUUUCCAGCAAUCAAAUCACUGGUUUCAUCCCUGAAAGCAUAGGAAAAUUAACCAGGUUAGAACUCUUGGAUUUUUCCAAUAAUAAAAUAAACGGGUGCAUCCCUUCCACCUUCUGGAAUUUGACCUCUCUAACUACAAUUGCCCUUUAUUCCAAUCAGAUGAAUGGUCUUCUACCACCCGAAAUAGGAUCGCUGUUCAACCUCUCAUAUCUAGAUUUAAGUAGCAAUCAGUUUAGGGGAAGCAUUCCAUCUCAGAUAGGAAAUAGCUUGGGUUUGUCAAUUUUGCGCAUGUCAGACAACAUAUUAAUAGGACCAAUACCAAAAGAGAUUGGGAAUUGUUCUAAGCUAUAUGAGAUGGAUUUGAGCAGAAAUAAUCUAAGUGGUGCCAUACCAGAGACUUUAGCGCAUCUGCACCAAUUACACAUUCUAAAUUUAUCAUUUAACAGUUUGAGUGGCAGAUUCGAGGACACUUUUACCCCAUUAGACUAUACCAUGGUCUUGCUUGACCAUAAUAUGGAUAUAUGUGGUGAUCCAAAUUAUGGCUUGAAACCAUGUGUCGUCACAGAGUUAGACAAAAAAAACAAUAAAAAUCUUCUUAUGGUACUGCUUCUAGCUUUUGGUACCUUUUGCUCCAUUUGUCUCGGAAUAGGGUGCAUGACGAUUGUUAAAAGGAGGAGGAAAUUCACAAAAGCCAACAGCAUAAGUGCACCUCAAGAUACGGUCUCCAUAUGGAAUUUUGAUGGGAAGGUUGCAUUCCAAGACGUACUUGACGCAACAGAAUGUUUUGAUGAAAAAUACAGCAUUGGUAUUGGAGGAUACGGGUCUGUCUUCAGAGCUGAGCUUGAAGGAGGGCGCGUAUAUGCCAUUAAACUGCUCCAUUCUGUUGAAGACUAUACUGAUGAGAAAGGAUUUCAUGCAGAAAUCCAAGUUUUGACAAAAGUCAGUCACCGAUGCAUAGUCAAGUUGCAUGGAUAUUGUUCUCACUCCAAGUGCAAAUUUCUUGUUUACGAUCUCAUUGAAAGGGGAAGUUUAGAAUCCAAUUUGCAGGAGGAACAGCAUGCCAAGGAGCUUGACUGGUCUAAAAGAGCUGCAGUGGUGAAAGACGUAGCUCAAGCUCUCUCUUACCUGCACCAUGACUGUGAUGUACCCAUUAUACAUCGUGACAUCAAAAGUAGCAAUAUCUUGUUGGACCGCAAUUUUAAGGCUUAUGUGUCCGACUUUGGGAUGGCUAAGCAGCUCAAGCAUACUUGCUCAAGUUGGAGCACGAUCUUUGCAGGGACAUGUGGCUAUAUAGCCCCAGAAUUGGCAUCGACAAUGCUAUUUACAGAGAGGUGUGAUGUAUAUAGCUUUGGUGUGGUCACCAUGGAAGUAAUCAUGGGUAAGCACCCAGGGGACCUGCUGCUUCCGUUCUUCUGCCGAACAGAGCAGCAUACAAAGCUCAAGGAUAUAUUGGACCAGCGCACCACAGCACCAACGAGCGACGAGGAGAAAGACAUCAUCCUGGUCCUUCUGGUGGCCUUCGCUUGCUUGCAAAUCUGCCCAAAAGCCCGCCCAACAAUGCGGCAGGUGUAUCAAGCACUCACAGACAAGAGCUGCCCAACAGACAUCCAGAAGCCCAUUCACCAAGUCAAAUUGCAAGACCUGCAUGAUCUAUGCGGCACCAUAAGGAAUAUAUGAUGAUUUUGUAGUCUCCGCAUUAAGUUAUUUGGCCAAUGCGUCUUUUAUUGUGUCAAUUUGCCUAGACCCAAUGUAUUCGAUAAUUGACACAGAUAUUGCACAGAUGGUCCGUAAAACUUCUCUUGAGGCAGUAAAUAAUCACCAGUCAUUCAAAUAUAACCACAACUGCAAUAAUAGAAAGAUCAAUCUUGGAUUUUGAUGAAA